GCCUCGGCGGAGCGGUGCGAGAGCGCCCCGGCGCCCUGCCCCGGCCUGCCCGCCCGCCGCCCCGCCGCCCUGUCCCCCUUGCCGGCCGCCGGGCAGCGCCCCUGCUUCGGGCGGUUGCGGCCAGAUUCCUUCUGUUCGGAUUCUGAACUAUGACAUCAUGGCAAGAUUUCGCAGAAGAACAUGCAUCAUUUUGUUGCUUUUUAUUUUGUUUAUUUGCUCCAUAAUGAUGGCUUUGAAGACUCUGAGACCUGACAGAGCUGGCUUUGGGGAUCCCUUUGGACUUGGUUUGUUGCCUGAGCUUCAACAACGGACAGUGCUCUUAGACAAUAAACAGAAUUCACUAAAUAGGGUUCAAGGAGAUACUGUAACGCGUGUCAGUAAUUUGCAUAGCAUCACAGUCAAUACUGUGAAAGCAUCUAUGCCUCCUAUAAACAAGCUAGAAGAAGAACUGUCUUCUCCUAACUAUAACUUUCACAUAUUCUACUAUAGUUGGUUUGGGAAUCCACAGUUUGAUGGUAAAUAUAUUCACUGGAACCAUCCGUUGUUGCCACACUGGGAUCCCAAAAUUGCAAACAAUUAUCCAAAGGGACGGCAUAAUCCUCCUGAGGACAUUGGGGCCAACUUUUAUCCUGAACUUGGAUCUUACAGUUCCAAAGACCCUUCUGUCAUAGAAGCCCACAUGAAACAAAUGCGUUCAGCUUCAACUGGUGUAAUAGUGCUUUCAUGGUACCCGCCGGGUAUGGCUGAUGAAAAUGGAGAACCAACUGAUGAUUUGGUGCCUGUUAUUUUGGAUUAUGCACACAAAUAUAAUCUAAAGGUCACUUUUCAUAUUGAACCUUACAAAGAUAGAGAUGAUCGCAGUAUGUACCACAAUGUCAAAUACAUCAUUGACAAAUAUGGAGGCCAUCCAGCCUUUUACAGACAUAAGACCAGCACAGGCAGAUUUCUUCCCAUGUUUUAUGUUUAUGAUUCUUAUGUAACAAUUCCUGAAAUAUGGGCAAAUCUGUUAACUGUUUCUGGAUCCCAGACUAUUCGAAAUACUCCAUAUGAUGCAUUAUUCAUUGGACUCCUUGUAGAAGAAAGACAUAAGCAUGACAUUCACAGAAGUGGCUUUGACGGUAUGUACACGUACUUUGCCACCAAUGGCUUCUCCUAUGGCUCAUCUCAUCAUAACUGGGCGAGUUUAAAAGCCUUUUGUGAUAGUAACAACUUAAUGUUUAUUCCAAGUGUGGGGCCAGGGUAUAUUGAUACUAGUAUCCGACCGUGGAACAACCACAACACCCGUAAUCGUGUCAACGGGAAGUACUAUGAAACUGCCUUCAGUGCAGCCCUUUUGGUGCGACCAGAAAUUAUUUCUAUUACAUCUUUUAAUGAAUGGCAUGAGGGAACUCAGAUUGAAAAAGCUAUCCCCAAACGGACUGGGCAGGUGGUUUACCUUGAUUAUAAGCCCCAUAAACCAAAUGUUUACCUAGACCUUACUCAGAAGUGGUCUGAGAAGUACAGAAAGGAACAAGAACAGUGGCUUAUGUGAGCUGUUGCUGCUUCAGUUGUUUCCUAACACGUUGACUACACUGAGAAAGAAGUUGAGAGCUGAAAAAUCUUUUAUUAAAUGUCUUUAUUACAGAUAAGUUCAAAUUAUUAUGUCUCUUGAAUGUAUAUGCUCUACUACUGAAUUUACAUUUUGAAGAGUAGAAAGAUAAGAAUAUUGACAUUUCUGUCUUAUUGGAUAUUUUAGUUCAAGAAUAUUCAGGGAAGAUGCUGGGGUUUUAUUUGGGUUUUGUGUUUUUUUUAAACCUCGUAAUUUGCAUGCUGAGCUUCCAGAACAUCUGCGUGGGAUAACUCUACGUGACCAAAGUAGAACGAAAACUUGGCAUAGUUAUACUUACUUCCUUUAUUCUUGUAGUUGUGUUUCUAAUCAAAGUGAUGCUGUAAUCUAAUUUUUUAUCCUGAUAGCUUCUUGCAGGAUGCACGUCUGUAAUGUGUGGAAUAAUCUACUUCUACUAUUUUUAAUGCUUUGCACACAGGGAGUUCUUGACAUAUGACUAGCUUGUGGUAAAAACUUUGAAGAGGUAUGUGUGAUGCAACACUAGUGGGUUUUGUUUAAAAAAAAAACCAACCCAACAGUAUUUGAAAGAUUGAGUUCCAAAGAACUGCUGAAAGAUUUCUAGUUUACUUCCAUUUUUUCUGUUUGGUACAUGGUACAGACUUUUGCAUGUUACUGGAUACUGACCAGUAACAUAGUUUUUUCUAUGUUACUUUGAAUUUUGAAAAAAUAUUCCUUGAAACUGAGAGUAGAAAAGAUAUUUUUCAGGGGAAAAAAAAAACCCUAAUCAGGCAAGAAAACCCGCUUGCAUUGUGAUAUCUUGUCUGCUAAUUCACUGCAGGCACAGAUCUCGUGUGUUACUUAAAAUGUUUAAAGAACCUAGACCUAAUAUCUUACUAAUCCUGCAGUAACUAUAAUUUUAGGAAAUGCUUUUUUCUUUCAGAUUUAGGAGCAGUUUGGCUUGGUAGCAAUCACAGCAACUCUCCAUUAGUUUAACUUGAAAUCUAAGAUUUCUAUUUUUCAUAUAGUUCAUACAUUUUUUCCAGGAUUCAGUAGAGUAGAUACUAAAAUGUUACCAUUCAGAUAUCAUUCAGCUCCCUACCACCACUACUGUAAUACAGUGGUGUGGCUGGAAGUAAGUACUUUCAGACUUAAUAAUCUCACCUGUCAAAUACUGUGAUUAUUAACUUUUUCUUAAUUAAGUUUGAAGGGAUCAAGUCACAUGGACCUAUUUCCUCAGCAAUCCUUUUUUUUUUGGUGUUUCAAUACAACUUCAUAGAAAAUUCCUGAACUUUGGAGUUGUAGAAAUUGCAGUGUUCUGUUUAUUGGGAGCAAAGUGUUUAAUCUGUGGCAAAGUGUGUGUGGGGGUGGGUUUUUUUUUUUUCUUUCUUUGUUUUUUUUUUUUUUUCUUUGUUUUUUUUUUUUUUUGUAUUUAUUAUUUGUAUGCAAGGUGCUGAUCCUGUGGUUUAGCUCAUAUGCUGGAACUGUUGUGACCACUAGAAUUCCAUUGAUUUCACGGAAAUUACACUCCUUACUUGGUUCUCACACUAAUCUGUCCAUGAAGUUGUAAGGUAGAUGUGAGGACUUCUGGUUAAAAAAGAAAACAAAUCAAACCAGUAUGUUUUUUCCAGAAACCUUUGUCAUUCCAAAUAAACAUAAGCCAGUUGCUACAAAUAUUUUCUAGAGUCCUUCUGUUAUGAAGAAGGUUUGUUUAUGUUUCUUUCACUUAUUUACAGUUUAAUUCUCUUGCCAUGUCUCUGCAGUUGUUAAGAGAUGGUGUCAUAUAAUGCCCUGAACUGCUUGAAAAAACUGCAGAAAUUGGGUGACAGAUAUAUAACCUGGCAUGCUGAAGUGCGCCUCUAGAGCUAUUGGAAUCUUAUUAAUAUAUUUUUGUAUUAUUUUUUCAUUUUCCUACUGCGUUUCUGCAAACUUUAAAGUGCUUCUGAAAGAGAUGUUUGCUAACACUUAUUUUGUUUUACUUAUGCUCAGGUGAAUAAGCUGAAGUAGAUAACAGGUGUGACCAGUCACACCGUGGUGUCUGAGAUGUAUAAAGCACUUGCUAGACUUUUACCACUUCCAAGUUAACCACUCUCUUUAUUAAGGAAACUGAUUUAUAUAUUUUUACUAUAAAUCCCUUAAAUAGCUAUACAUAAUUUGGGUUUAUAAUUUAUUACAUGAUUAUGCUUUUACAGCCCAAAGAGCUCAUAUCUUUAUUUUAAAUGUGAGGGAAUGAUUACAUUUUUACAUACCAAUAUCCCAUAUGUUAAUAAAAAAUCUUCUGAAAUCAAAUCUUUUGAAAGGACAAGUCUCUCUGUUUUCCCUUUGCUUAAACUUUUGUCAUCCACCGGUCUUGUCUCACAGUAGAACUGUCUGAGCACUUUAUUAGUCUUGACAACCUUGCACUUACCUUUCAGCUCCUUACUUUCACCUGGUGGCAGUUUGUUUUCUCUGUGACUAUAAGAGUUGCUUAUUUUGUUACUGUUUAUAGAAGCAUUUGUGGUAGAGUGUUGUACAACUGAGGUGAUCUAUCUUGUGUAAAAUAUCAUUUAUGGUAACAAUGUAAUGGAUAUUCAUUACUCUGAAAGACUUCUGUAAUUGCAAUAAAGCAAUCAUUUAGCCCUUGCCUUGAAGUGGUAUGGACCAUGACACACUGGCGUCUAAUGGGAUCUUCAGAAGAAUUUACAGAAUUUCUGUAGAAAAGAAUGAAAAUUAAGUGCCUAGAAAUUAACUGCCCCUGAGUACUUACUGUAUUUUAUGUGCUUGAUGUGUUUUAAAAUACAAAUACGCAGUCUGAUGGAGUUUAGAAUUUAAUUUGAAUAUCCUGAGAGCUGAUGGAAUAGCAGCUACUAGAACUACCGCACCUGCCCAGCCAAUACUCUGUCUAUACUUGGGGCAAAUAUUAGUGCUACUUCUUGUUAUAGGGGAUGGAGAAUUUUACUGGUGGACUGCUGCUGCAGUCAUGAAAGUUUUUGGAAAUCUGAGCAAAACCAGGUCUGUGGGUGAGGAUUUGUACGAAUGCAAAAGAGUAAGGUUGUUACAAGUGCACAGUUGUUGGGGUGAAGGAGGGGGGAAGGUGAUUGCCUCAAACUUUACAGUUACAGUUCAAGGAAGAAAAAAAAAUCAUCUCCAACGUGCAAGCAAAAUUGGGAGGUAGGGAAGAAUAUUUAUUAUUAAUUUCAGAUCUGAAAUGGAAUUUAAGGAAUAAUCAGAUACUGUUUCAUUUUGGCUUCACUAUUAUUUCUUGACUAGUUGAAAAAAUAUGUAAUUAUUACUUUUAAUUAAUUGCAUUUGACUCAACUUGUUAUAGUAUGUUACAGUACUUAGACUGACAUACUACAUUUAUAUAGAUGAGGCAAGAAACACUAUGGGGAGUUUUACUAGAGAUCAUGCCAUGCUACGCCUCUGCAAAUAUAGAAAUAUCUGAAGUUAUUGAUCACGUACUACUGACUGAGUAUCCUCAAAGGGGAAAUGGGUUUUGAGACAAUUAGCAAGUCUUUGUGGUAAAAGAAAACUUCUUUGUAAAAGAAAAGCUAUAGGUUCGUUUCUGUUUCUCUCGGUUAUGAUCAAGUAAAUUGUUUCAGUUCUGUGAGCUGUCUCAGAACUGAAGCUUAAUACAUCUUCUCUGAAAUAAGAAUUUAUAUCAAAUCGUGUAUAGUAGUGCAUGUUUCUCAGAUCUAUAAACUUGUACCGAAUUUUGAGGGAAGAAUACAUGCAUAUGCUGUUACUAUUGUAGUGGCAAGCUAUAGAUUAUUGUGAAUGUAGUUUCUGUACUGAUGUUCAUUUUUUGUCUAGUGCCUUUCUUUUGAGGUGCCAAUGAUUUGUCUCUUAAGAGGUUGUUGAAGCAGAAGGGUCUUUAGUGAAGUCAAUUUUAGUAUAAAACGUGAUAUGUAUACAUUCUGCAUAGUUUGAAUUAAGAUGUUUUACACAUGGCUCUUGGGUUCUCUAAACAUUUCACAAGAACGUUUUCAGCACUGUUGCUAGUAGGAGAAUGUAUCUCUGAGCACAUGAACAAGGAUGUACUGUAAUUUAGAGCACUUUUUUGGUGAAUCUUGUGUAUCUAAAAAGAGGAAAUAAAGUAUUUGCAGGCAAAUUAUUUACCACUUAAGCUGAAAUUCUCUCCCAGUCUUAAGGUAUUUUAUGAGUAUUGGUCCUCAUCUUUCUACUUGCUUAAAAUAGUGUCAGUAUUUCAUUCUUUUACUUUUGACCAGCAUGUUAAAUGUUGCAUAAACUGCUAAAGUGUUUGUAUUUCUAAGACUUCAUAGUUAUAAUACUCAGUAAAGGGACUCUACAAGAUUAUUGGCACUGUAGAAAAGCCCGAUAUGAAUUUGGUAUUGUAUAGGUAUGAUUUUGUGGUGAAUGGAUAGUGUAUCUUUGCUGUGUCAUGGAAAUGAAUUUAAAAACGUAUAUUUCUUUUAAUACCCUACCUGGCUGGGGCAGAGAUGCAUUUACUUACAUGAAUAUAUAUUGUGUGUGUGCACGUGUGUCUAUUUAUGUAUGUUAUAUAUGUGCAUAUAACUGAAGUAAAUAUUUUUAAGUACUAUAUAAUUGUAUUAAAAUUACAGGCUGGAUUCUGCUGCUUUUAAGUAAGCAAUGUUUUUAAUUCCCUAUGAUGUUUACAAAAAAAAAAAAUCUAGUUACUUAUGUAUGAAUACUUUAAUGAACAAUAAAUAAUGCCUAAAAAGUG